GGGGUCAUUAUGUGCCCCUGUGGCAUUGUUUACAGCCUGAAAUGCAGUCUUCGAGCUGAGAGCCCUCAAGAUUUUGCUGAUUUGCUGUUAUCAUGGCAUCACAUGCCUAAUAUCGUAAUUUAUGACUUUGCGCAGGCUCUUGCAAAACACACCAAUCUAAGGGCAUCAGAAAAGUUACCCUUCUCUCCAUUUGAAGGAUGCCUGGUGGAACCCACUCAAGCCAACAAAGAGCUGGCCAGACGUGGACAGCUGGAAGUGCCUCUGCCCUGGCUGGACGAGAACAGCAGACAGGCGGAUCCUCACGGACACCCAGUGACGGGUUCAGCUGACCAUUACGUACUUUGCGGCCGUUCUCAUGAAGGCAUCGCAGACGGAGACGUUCUGAGGAAGCUCUCCCUCGUGCCUCAGCUGGCUGACAGAGUCAGCAGUCAGAUUUCAGAGCGACUGUUUGCUCAAAUGAAGAAGAAGAACGACUACUUUUUGAACAUGUCUUUGCCGUCGACACAUCUGUAUCAAAUGAGGAACAUCAUUCACCACUAUAAUGAGAACAGGGCCGAUAAACUGAGCACCGGUUCAACCGGGAGUUCUGGAUCCAACUUGCUGACUGAAGCGGUGCUGGAGUCUUUAACCAGAAGCAGAGAUGAUGUGAUGGAGGACACAAUCCUGACAUCUUUGACGUCCUGAGCAGCAGUGCUUGACCAGGCCUUUAGCACCGACAACCUUUUGGAGUUGGAAACUAUGUUCUGAAAUCGUUAUUUAUGUCACUUUCAGUGAAUUGAAAUGUUAGUGACUAAUGACUAUAUAUAUAUAUAUAUAUAUAUAUAUAUAUAUAUAUAUAUAUAUAUAUAUAUAUAUAUAUAUAUAAAAUGUUUAAA